AUGUCUCGUUCAUAUUUUGAUAUGCAUCGUUUGCCUCAUCAAUCACUUCUUAAAUUAGGUGGUACCAAAGUGACACGUCAAUUCAUUCCAUGUGUGAGAAGAGCACAUGGACCAGGUUCUAUAUUUCCAAUGACUUCUGCUCAACAACGUCUCUUUUCGAUUGACUAUCAUCAUGAAGGUGGUGCUCAUCACUGGUACAUUAUUCCGACUGGCGAGCGAGAAAUUCUACAAGGAAUAAUCGAUCAGUACAAACCUACUAUAUGUCUUGAUCAUGGACAGUUGCUUAUUGAUCCUCUGAUACUAGACAAAAACCAUAUUCGUUAUCAUCGAGUUAUUCAACAUCCCAACGAAUUUAUUGUUUUAUCAGCUGGCACUCUGGCACAAAGCUUCACAGAAGAUGCCAGUUGGAGCGAGUCGGUCGCUUUUG